AUGGCACUUCAGGACUCGAAAGGAAAAAAGUUUUUUCCUAUAACAUUUAUAGGAAGUAUACUGUGGAUCGCAGCCUACUCCUACCUCAUGGUCUGGUGGGCCAAUGUGGCUGGUGAUACGUUCAGCAUCCCUCCAGAAGUCAUGGGACUUACAUUUCUAGCCGCUGGUACUUCGAUACCAGAUCUUAUCACCAGUGUCAUUGUCGCGAGGAAAGGCUUUGGUGAUAUGGCCGUGUCUUCUUCUGUUGGAAGUAACAUUUUUGAUGUUACUGUUGGGUUGCCAGUGCCUUGGUUGCUGUAUGGGCUGAUAUACGGCACUCCGGUGGAGGUGAACAGUGUGGGAAUGGUGUGCUCUAUCUCCAUCCUCUUCCUGAUGCUCCUCUUUGUUAUAAUGUCGAUUGCUUGCUUCCAUUGGAAGAUGAACAAGAGUCUGGGCUUCACCAUGUUCCUGCUCUACUUUGUCUUUGUUGCGGUGUCUCUCAUGUUCGAGUACAAAGUCUUGGUAUGUCCAUUUUAGGUUGCUGCUAGAGAUUGCACGCACACAUUCACACCAAUAACAAAUUAUAUUAUAUUUAUUUGAGAAAGCUCAUAUACAUAAUAAUAUAAUUAGAAUAAUUCUGUGAUUGAGGAAUUAUUAAGUGGUUUUUAUAAAGUAAUUAAAAGUUUUAAUUAUAAUAGAGAAUAUUGUGAAUUCUAGAUCUGUAAUAUAUUUUAGCUAUUUUUACAUAUCCUACAGUUAAGCGUUAUGAAUGAUGAAAAUUAUUGUUAUAAAUACUCACUACGAGAAAUGUUUAUUCAUGAUGUUGUACUACUUAGAAUGUGCUCUUGUUCAUCUCAUCUCAUUCAAAACUCAAGAUUCUAAUAACACUUGUUGAUUUAUUCAUUUCAAAAAUACAACCACUUUUAAAAGCAACCGAUAAAUAGAAAUUCAUGUUGUUUUCCAUGCCGUAACACUUAAUAAUAUAACUCUAUUGAUGUUAUUAUUGUCUUUGUUAAUUCAUCCAUUUCAAAGAUACAACCACUUCCAAAAGCAACAGAUACAUAGAAAUUCAUGUUGUUUUCCAUGAGGUAACACUUUAUACUAACCCUAUUGAUGUUAUUGUUUUUCUGUUGAAAAAAAACAAGAAUUGAUAACUUUGUUGAAGAAAUCGAAGGUGUAUCAACUUAAACAGUGUUGGAUACGGUAUCUAGAUUCGGGAGAGAAAUAGCACAAGGUAUUUUGUGUUAUAGUUUGUCUUUUUUCCCCUUCCAAUCAGUUUAAUGAUGUGAUUUUUGAAGUAUAUGAAUUCUAUUUAUGACAAAAAGCAAUUUAUUCAGGGUAAUUGUUCAAACACUGAUUCACCAUUAUUUUCUCUUGGAUAAUAGAUAUUUGAGUAGAGAAAAUAGGAUAUCGUAGACAAAUAAUAUUGAUUUCUCAACUUUUGGUUUUUGGAAAUUCAUGGCCUUAGAUGCCUCUGAUAAAACUGACCCAACUACUCGUAAGUAAAUGUUUUGCCAUUUUUUUUGUCGUUGAAAGUCUUCUUAUAAUAAAAUAUAAAUUGUCAAUGAAAUAUUAACUUUAUCAAAAUUAUUGAGACAUAUUAUUGAUCUCAACAAAGAAACUAUUUUCAAAUCAUGACUGAUAUAGGCUACUCAAGCUAUGAAUGUCUUUGAUUACCACAUAACGUAUUAUCAAUGAUUAAAUCAUAGUCGAAGAUUCGAUUCUAGUAAAAUGAGCAAUACAAAUCAAGCUAAUUCUCGAUCAGCCUUUGAAACACCUUUCGAAAUCAGCCUUUGAAACAUGAUCGAAAUCAAACCUCUUUGAAACAGACCCCGUUAUUUUCAACCUGUUGCUAUUGGUUAUUGAUCGAAUGAGUUCUCCCAAGAUAUCUCUUGAGAACAUCAUCCCACAGACGUUCUAUUGUUUCCACUUUAUAAGUACUCAUCGCGAAUAAGUAUGUAAAUAAGUUAUUUAGUUGGUAAUAUCUAUUGUAAAAUAUGUGAAAUAAAUAAUGUUACCAUUAAAUGGGCUAGAUUGGAGUGAGAAAGCUCUAUUAUACACCAAUUUGAUAUAAAUUAGAUUGUUUUUGGAAAUCAAUAAUAAUAAUAAUAAUGAUAAUUAUGACGACGAUAACAAUUUAAUUUCCCAAUUGGCCUACUUAUAAAUUUUAGAAGAAGAUAACUCUUCAAUUCAGUAUUCAAGAAUUUUUCCUGUAGGCUACUUUGAUUAAUUAGGAGAAGCAUUUACUGGAUGAGAAUCCAAAUAAGAUUAAUAAUAAUAUAAUAUUAAUUGAAUUGUUAAAUAUACAUUUUUUAAUAUUGUUACCAAUAAUGUGAAGAAAUGAUAAACACGAAAAAUAAUUCCAACAACUUAAGAUAAUUAAUUCAAAGUAAGGUAUUGUAAGGUUUAUUCAGGUAUUCAAUAAAUUAAGCUGAGCAUUAAGCUGUUCGAAAUAAAAACUUAAAAAUGCGGAAUCCUUGACUUGGAAACAGACAAGAAGCUGAAUUUAGAAGACGAUUUUGCAAAUAAAUUAAACUGUUUGUGACAGAAAAGGACCUCUUCAUUCUUAGAUAAUGUUCAUAACAUCAAUGCAUUUCUUAAUUUCUCACUUUUUUGAUCUGCCUUCUUCAAAUUAUUAUAAUUCCUCUACAUCCAUGACUCAUCCCAUAACACUCAUUCAAAUAAUAUUAUGAUUCUUUUUUUACCUCAAAUCCUCUAACAACUGUAUAUUUAGAGUUUACAGUACAUUAUCUUUAUAAACUCACAAGUAUAAUAUUAUAAUUAUUAUUAUUUGAUUUUAAUUUCUUACAUUGAAAAUUGUAUCAAGAAUAAAUCUGUAAUUAUUGAUAUUUAUAAUACAGUUCUAAUGUCAAUAGAGUAGCCUUAUUUUAUGUUAGAAAGCAGCUAUAAGAAUUCUAACAGCUUGCAUUACAUUCAACAUGAUAUGAUGAUUAUCAAAUGAAUGGAUCACUAAUCUAUUGAAUAACUCCAUAAACCUUUCUCAAAAGUAUAGAUUUAAUAAGAAUGUUAUCGAUUAUAACACGAAUAUAUUUUUAAUUUAUUGUUGAAAUUUAAUUACUAAAAAUGACAAGUGAGGUAAAUUGUAGCUAAGACUUUAAUGUAAAUCUGGAAUUGUAAAAUUAGUUACCUCAUAUAUUCUACUGUAAAUGACAUAGUUGAAGUACCUAUACUCCUAGUGUGUCAGAAAUCAAAUAUACUCCUAACUACACUUCACAAGAAGCCAGAUUUGUACAGUUUCUCAAAUAAUUCAGAGAUUUUAGAAGACAUAGCAUAGGGUGCGAAUAUUCACUCGAUUGUGGUAGGUGCAAGUGUACAUAUGUAAUAAAUAAAUAAUGAUCUGGUUGUAUGAUCCGCGCCAAAAAAUAUAAACUUUUGUGGCAUGUUGUUAUUUUUGCUCGCAUAAACAAAUGUUACAACUUUUAAAACAUACUUCCAUAUCAAUGUUGUUGAAUUGUAAAUUUGGUGUUGCUUGAUUAUUUUUUACAAUAAUUAUAGUCUAAUAAUAAUACGAUACUGUAAUAAUAAUGAUUCAUAAUACAAAACCACUCUAUUAAUGUGGAAAGGAUAAAAUUAAUUUUAAGCGUUUUAGACUGGAAAUUAGCUUUUUAAAAAGUGAAUUUUUCUAGCUACAAAGCUGUUAUAGAAAUAGAAAUGGUUGAGUAAUUUUAAUUAUUGUCAUCAAUGAUGAAGGUAAUCAGUUCCACUUCUCCAUGCAUUCUGUAGUGUCAAGUCGUUAUCAUACGUUAAUUAUUGUGAAAUAAAUAAAGUGAUUUUGCCAAGAUGUAAGCAAUAAGACCUUCAAUUCAAUGUAAAUUCCGAGUGAAGGUGUGUGCAAGUGUAAUUACAGAUUACAUGUACUGUCUAUUAUUAUAAUUUCUCAACAAUCCAGGAAUAUAAAGCUUUCAAUUAAAGUAUCACAUUUAAAGAUAUAAUCUAACACGUAAUGUGUGAUGUGUGCGUGUGUGUGUGCGUAUUAAAAAGUGUUCGUUUAGAAAUUGGUUGUAAUGUGCAGAAACAAUAAAACAAGACAAGUGGUUAGUUUAUAAAUAGGAGUUGAUAAUUUUAAUUUUUAAAGCUAAGCUUAGUUGUUGAAUAUAUUGUUCAGGUGGAAUUUUUGAGCCUAAUUGAUUAAAUAUACAGAGUUGCCGUUCAAACACAGAUUUCUCUGGAUGAUAUCCUGUUCGAGAAAACGUUUUUUUACAAAAUAAUAUCAAUCAUAUUUCAUUUAGUGGACUUGAAGAAACAUGGUAAUACUAACUUAUGACAUACUGUAUCUUCUUCAAAAAAGUAUACCAUAUAAUAAAGAGCGCAAUUCAUUCAGAAUGCGCAAAAUCAAUUAUUACUUUUUUGAGAGCUUGUUAAAGAGGAUAAGAUGUGAUACGAAAAUCAAUGUGAAGACUAGAAGAAAAUACAGUAUACGUAUCACCAAAAUUGUGCUCAGAAUAUUUAAUAGUAACUCUUGGAAGAUUUCAAAUGAAAUUUUGAAGGGACAGAGUUUAAUAAGUAUUGAAUCAGAGAAUUUGGCUAUGAUAAACCUUAGGAUUAGAGUAAAAAAUGUCUACUCUUUUCAUAAAAUAUUGUAAUCUCUUUAUAAUCUUCCGAUUCAAUAAGUAUCUCGAAUAGUUGUUGGAUUGAAAUUUGAUAUAUUAUUAUAGAAUUGUUCAAUUUGGCCACUUCAUUGUACAUUUAUCCAAAACGAUUAAUUUACUGGAUAGCACAUUUCUGAUAGUUUCGGAAGUGUCAGUUAAAAUUAGACUCAAAUUUAAGAUAAGUGGAUAUUCAAUCAAACCGUGCUAUAGAAAACGCACAACAUUCUUUAUUCUCAAAUUGUACACCCAUCAUUUAGAUGAUUAAGAGAAAAAAAAGACAAAUAUUGAGCUAUUUCUUUCUCCUUGAGCUAAACUAGAACAAAAUUUACCUAAUUCGAAAUGCUGACUUCCAAUGCAUCUAUUAUAGUAUGUGUAGUCUGAGACCCCCAAAUAGCCAGUAUUUGGGCGUUUCGUCAAGCGGUACAAGACUUUAAAAAAUGGAAUGAAUGUUAUAGAACACAAUCUAAAUCAAAAUUUGGAAUAAGUUAAUCCAUUCUGAUGGACUUAUAAAAAUACUAAAAAUAUUGACUAUAAUGAAGUGGUAUUCAUAAUUCAACAUCAAUUUCAAGAAUAGAUUAGAUACUGAAAAUCUUAAUUCAAAAUGAAAUUCAUGCUUUUUCUAUGAAACAGUUAUUCAGGAAUAGGAAAGCUACAUGUAUCAAAGCUUUUGAUACUUCCGUAUCAGUUAAAAUUUUUGAGAUGAAGCCUGCCACAUUUGGGAGAACGAAUUCAGAGGAAUCUGUGUUACCAUAUUAUGUGAAAACUAAUGAGAGUUUAGCACAAAGCAAAUUGAUUUACCACGAUGCCAAAAUGUUUUGUAUCUUUAGUUGGCCUAAAUCGAUUCUUGGUUUUUUAAUGCAUACAUCAGUUAGAUGUAUAGUUAUGUAGCUAACCAAGUUAGAUGUACAAAGUAUUAAGUAGUUAGUCGACAAUUUCUCAAUUAAAUAUUCAAAUUCGGUAUUCUAUUCAGUAUAUUACAAUGUUGAGAGCUAUUAUUUCUGUUAGAACUUCUCAGUCCAAUUGAUAGUGAUACUUCACCCAUUAUUUAACACUCUACUGAAAUUUAUUUCAAUUCCUCUAAUAUCAAUAAUUAUUAAAUCCCUAAUACAACGAAACACCUCAAGUAAAAAAGAACCUUUCUAUUUCAUCUAAUUUUGUAAAUGUAGAAGCACCUGGUUUUUCUCUGAUUUGUGAUCAAUAUUAUUCUCAAUGAGAAUUCAUUUGAAAUUCGUAUACUGGAUUUGUUCUGUUGCCAAGUCAACCUAAGCACUUUAUUUUUAUUCAAAUUCUUGAAAACGGAUGAAAUAAUUAAAACUUGCAAAUUAUUAUCUCCAAAAGUUGAAUAGUGAUGAAUAACCUUCCCAAAUAUGGUAUAGCAAACUUACGUACCUAGUCAUUUACCUUGUUUAAAAAAUGUUUGAAAAUUUUUUUGGUUAGACAGUAGGCCUACGUAUUAUUGGAGUGAAUAAAUGAUGACUGUGUCGAUUAAUAAUAAUAAUUUUAGUAAGAACUAUUCUUAUUGAGAAGUUGAAUAAGAACGAAUUGAUCUUGAAUUGAAGUAGGUAAUGAUGAAAAUUAUAUAGGUAUUUUUUAUUUAAUUUCUACAUUGAAUAAAAGUUGUGUCUAAAUUGGUCAAUAAUACUCACAUUAUUGAUAAUUAGUAUUAAGUUAAUAUUAUCGCUCACAUUCGAAGUGAUUUAAACUGAAUAUGGUAACGGGUUUGAAUAACUUUAAUGGAAAAAUUGGCAGUAUUUAUUAAAGCUAAAAGUGCCUAGAAUUAUUACCGUAUCAUCUUUUAUUACCAUGCCUAUACGUUCUCCUAUAAUAAUUUGUAUGAUAACAUAGCAAGCUGAGUCGAGUCACUUCUAAUAAUUUCAAAGUUGUAAGGAAUGUUAACAAAAAUGCACCGAAUCGUGGCCAAUGUGACAUUAUAAAUUAAUCAUGAAAAGUUGUCACUCUCUCUCUCUCUCUCUCUCUUCAAACUCUAUUUACUCGGUCAUUCUUAUACUCUUUCCCUCUUCAAAAGGGUUUCCUCUAUAUUAUCUCUUCUUCAAAAAACAUACAUUUUAACAGUGUAUAAAAGGCUGGCUUUGUGGUUAAUAGUUUGAGGAUAAUUAUCUCUUUUAUUGUUCUCAUUGGUUCUUAAUAAUUUAGAAGUGAAUAAACAAAUCAAAUAUAGCUCUCAAAUGUAAAAGAGCUUCAAUAUCAGACAAAGAAAAAAUAAUUUCUCUUCCCUGAUCUAUAUUUAUUAUUCAUCUAGGCUACCAGAGUACAACAUUGGUUUGCAAAUAUUUCUUUCUGAACCUGGCAUUUUUCUUGUUGUAUUGGUCCUUUAACGCUAUAUAAAUUGAUAAUAUAUAAUAUUGUGUCAUGUUUGAGAAUAGAUAUUUCAUUUUUCAUUGACGAUAUCUGACUUCAUGAAAGGCUAUCUCAUGAGUACCUCUAAAUUAUUAAAUUCAUAACUCACUGUAUGUUCCUAAUCUUUUUUUUGUUGGCCUAUGUAUCUAUGUUAUCUAUGUAUGUAAUUACAAUGAUUUUCAUGGAUUUUAAUGACAAUUCUUCAAUUCAAUAUUAUAUUACAAGCAAUUUUCUACCUACAAGUCUCUGAGUUGGUUAAAACAAUUUUUUUCAAAAACACUCAACUAUUAUUUCCCACAAAGCAGCCACAAUAUUCAAUAGCGUGCAAUAGAAUGCAAAUAGCAUGAAUGACUCCAUAAAAUAAACAUUUAAAAAUUCAAAAUAAUUCUUAUCUAGGAGACUGUAACCUCUAAUGAAGAAAAACUACUUGAUCGUUAUGUUUUUAAUAAAUUUACUCUUCAGUUAUGUAUAAUUUAUCAAAGUAGAUUUAUCUAAAUUAGAUAUACCUAGUCUAUAUGCUUCUAAAACACGAUAAAGUGGAUCGUUGAAUUUACUAUCUAUGAAUGUGAUUUAAUUUUGAUCAAAUGUUGCACUUAUUGACUGAAUAGUAUAAUGUGUAGAUUGUAAUAAAUUUUUGGAAUGAAUCUUCGAUUCACUUGCUUAUUAGAAUAUUAAUUUAGUUUCAAAAUAGUAUUUUCAAAUGGUGCACAGAUCAUAAGUUAGUCGAUUAAUUUAAAAUGUCAGUUAAACUGGGCAUUUCCUAUGAAGUAUUUUCUUGUUCUCUUCUACACAGAGUUAAACUUUAUAAAUAAUAAAAUUAUUCUCUCAAACGCAACUGAUGCAAUUGAAAACGCGUAAAUAAUGAGUAAGAAACUUGUAAUUCAUGCUAGUUCUACAUUGCGGCGUCUGUGAUUGAUUGUAUGAAGGCUAGAGUCCUUGCUUUUGAUUUUCAAAUGGAGCAUUGAAAGUGCACAACUGUAAUCUAAGUCUAUACUCAUAUACUAUUAUAAAACUUCUUUCUUACUUUCUCUCAAAUAAGAUAAUAACUUACAACAUUAAAUCUAUAUAUAAACUAUAGAAUUAUUAUUUUUAUUAUAAUUUGAGAAGGAAAUUAGUUAUUUAAUCUAGACCUGUUGAUAACUGUUAUAUCAUUGUUAUGAAUAAUGUUGAAUAUAUAAAUUAAUUUAAAAAGUAGUUUCACCUGUGAGAAAGUUUCGCUCAUCAAAUUUCAAUAUAAAUUAGGUGAAGACUUGUUUUCAUUCAACUUGCAAAAAAUAGGUUCCCCUAUAUUUACCUCUUUCAAUAUUUAAAAUUUCACAACAAAUGAGCAAAAGAUUCGUCAGUAAAUAAGCUACAGUUUUUUCAUGAUUUUGCGAAGUUCAUUUUUAGAAUAAGCAAAAAGUAGUCCUCAUAAAUGUAACAAACUGAAUUCCAGAACAAACAUUGAUGCAGCCAAGAAUUCAUCCUGAUUCAACAAGUUGGGAGAUCAUUAGAUUACAAUUCGGUAGCCUAUUCAUUCUAAUAUAGAUGAGGUAUAAGUUUUCAUUCAUACACAAAUUCUGUGCUAUAAUACAACCCGAUUCCUGUGUUUCAAUCUGGCUAGGCAGUUAGAUAGUAAACUUGGAGGGAUUCCGUUGUGUGAGAAUUCAGAAUACUUCUUGAUUAGGUACUCCAGUAAUGAAUCUUAUACUGGUUUUUCAUAAGCAUGAGGAUUAAACUAGCGUACAGUAAGUCAUAUCGCCACAAACAUCGGAUGUCCUUCUUUAGAAUGCUGUCAUGUUGAUUUUUCGACUUAGGGUAUGACUUUGAUAUAAACCUAGCUAGUUUCUAUUUGGGUUUAAUCUCAAGCUGCUUAUUAUACUGAAAGUAAUUUAUCCGAAUAUUCCCAAUUCCUCAGAGUCUAAAAUUAUAAUGGAAAUCAUACUUUGGAGUUGAUUGCAAUCCUUAUAAAAAAUGUUUUCUCAGAAUCCGGUAGGGUAACAGUUCUCGAUGAAUUUUUAUAACUGAUGAGCAAAGCUUUUUACCAGACGAAAUUUUUGCUUUUACUAUAGUACCUUACUGUUGUAAGUAGGUAAACGUAAGCUAAUAAUGUACGAACAUACUACAAUACAGUACUGCUAUUUUUUCAAAUACUAAUAAAAUAUGGUAUAUCUGCUCUUCACUUGAAGCUUAGCAAACUUUUUAUCUUUAAGAUAAUUAAUCAACCUAGCUGAUCAUAAUGAUACUCUCAUUCAUCUCUUAAUAUAUGAUAGUUUGAGCCAAAUAUAUAUUUGUUUGUCUUACACUAAACUAAUAGUUUGCUUUAUACUCAAUAAAAUUAUUUGGUAUUUCUUCAUCAUUACGUAUCUUCCUCCCAAUUAGAUUAAACAAAGUGAAAAUUCAAUACUGAAUUAUUAUAAACAAUGUAGGAAUAUUUGAAUGCUUACAAAAUAACCAUAAUCGAAUAGUUUUGUCAUUUACACGCAGAAAGUGGGCAACAUUUAUUUUUGCAUAGAAGAUUAAUUUUUUGCUUCGAGUCCCUUUGUAUUUGAAAGCGGAAUAGUUUGUCUGGACAAAAAACACUGGAAACUCCAUUUAAUGGAAUUGAAGUGAAGGAGUUUGAAAAUUUAAAACUAGACUAAUAAAAGAAUUGGUUGCUGACACGUGAAAAAUGUAAUCUUUCUGAUGGAACCUUUUCGUACUUCAACAGCACAUACACAGCUACAUUUUUAACAGUAGGCCUGUUUGGUGGUAUGGGUGCUAUUAUUUCAACUGUGGAAGGUUUGCCUACAAUAAAGAACAAUUCAUUAUUGUUAUACCAAGGAAUUCCUAGAUAUUCUGAAGGAAUACGGUAUUACAGUAAGGUAUAAUUAUUCUCACAGUAAGGAACAAUUCCUUAUUGCUCCACCAGGAAUUCCCAGAUAUUCUAAAAGGAUAUGUAAUUCCUAUUCAAAGUUUCAUUUUAAGCUAUAUUCAUUCCACUCUGAACAAAUGUUAAAUCUGUUUCUGGCUUUUUGUGACUCUACAUAUUUUGUAAAAUUAAAUUAGUCUUAUUGUGAUUACAACAGGAAUUGUUUCAAUUGAAGAUUCCAGAGAAUAAUUUUUAUCAAAUCAGAAUACUCUCAAUGCCAGGUAACCCAAUAAAUUGGAGGGCAAUCAGCAAACUAUGUAUUAUGGUUCCAGGCAUUUGUUUACUCACAGUAUUUCUAAAAUAUCUAUUUAAGAACACUACAAUAAUUGGAAUUAUAUUUUUUGUGUUUGUAAGCUACGCUUAUUUGCUACUUGAGUUAUUGUUGUUAGGUAUAUCUUAAUGAUGGAGGAAUACCAUAGUGUUCCUAUGCUUGUUCUACUGUUUAAUAUUACGAAAGCUAUCAUCUAGUUAUAAGUAUGAUGUAUGUAUAAAUGGAAAAAGCUGCGCAGAGAGCGCUCUGUCAUCAAGAAAUAAACAUAGAAAAGUUUAAUUAACCUUUCCUAUCAUAUAGUUUGGUUUGAAAUUAAUACGAUAAUAAUAUACAAUAUUGAUGAUAAUAUAUAAUAUAGUUGGAUGAGCUAUUUAUCAUCAUAGUAAAGCUUUAACGAACAUUAGACUUAAAAUGAAGUAUGAUUGUAUUUUAAAAAAUGUUUUAAAAAUUAAUUGUCUCACGUAUCUGAAGUUAUAGUUCUAGUCUAUUGUUAUGCUUUAGUAAUGAUUAAUUUCAAAUUUCGAUUUGAUAGUGUUUUAAAAAAAAAUGUUGAAAUUAUAAUCUGUGUUAUUUUAAUAAAUUUUCCAAAACUUUCGACGCCGCUGAAUAGCCUACUGAAUGUAGAAAUCUUUGAGAGGCUUUUGGAUUGUUACGGAGAUAUGAUCCUUGGAUUGAGCUUGCAAACGACUCUUGCACGUAUCAAAUUGAAAUAGUCAGUAGAUAUUUUGAUCAGUUAUGGAAGGGUUUAUCCUAUGGUAGAGUUUCACCAGAAUCAUGAUUGAAGCAAAGAGAAAUCUCCUGAGAAUCGAGAAAAGUCAGUCCAAAUUCGAAUAAUUUAGUUAUUGUCCAGUAAGUUAGUUAGCGCGCUAGUUAGAAAUGUAUUAUCACAUCUGAUGGGUGGCUAUGAUUGGCUGAGUAGCGUCAGAGACAAGAAUUAUAGUUGUGCUUAUGCUAUCCUUUAUCUAUGGUAGCGUCUGCACAUGAGUUUGCCAAGUUAUGUUCAAACUUAUAGAAUGAUAAUAAGGACGGCAAAAAAUCGAUGUGUGUGCUAACUAGAAUCAAUUGGUUUAUAAUAGCAGAAGACACUCUGAUCAAACUGCAAGCUUCCGAGAUACAAUUCAGUUGAAUAAAACUGACGAUACUUACAUACCUUUCCCCUGACUGUGAUUGAUAAGAGAUAGAGCAAUUGGAUAUGUGUUACUGAAUUCAUGUUGAUUCAUGGAUAUGAGUUAAUCAAACUUCAAAUUCGUCAAAUAUACCAUUUAAGUUAUCGGAUACAUUGUAUAGCUUUUCCCGCAGAAAUGCGAAAACACUUCAACUCCGAGUAUUCAAAAGUAUAACAUCCAAAGUAGCCUAUGAAUACUUGAAAAAUUAAUCCUGUUUCGUUCAAAUGUUUUAUUGCAGAAAUUAGUUUUUAAAUAAGGAAGUAUACAACAUUGUAGGUUGGAAAUGUAGCUGUAAAAUGAAACUAUUUUAGAGAAAUCGAUUGAUGAGAAUGAUUUAUUAUGAUACUUUAUCAACGCAUUCAAAUGAUAGUUCAAUAAAAAAAAGGAAUUAAAAAUUAACAGGAUCAACAAAUACACGAAGAAUUAAUUGAUCUGUUUUCAAAUGACAAGUUUAAAUUGGAAAGACAGAUUGUAUUUAGUUAUAUGACAAUACGUAAAGUAGACGUACCGUACCGUAUAGUAUGUAUGGGGCCAUGCCUGAUUAGCUAUUUUAAAAUGGUUAUUUACCUUUUGUUGAUGAUUUUUAAUGUAAAUAAUAUUCAUCAAUGAUAUGAUGAUAUUCGUUUGAAUAUAGCCUAUUUGAUUUGUUGUUCAAGUAGGUACAUAAUUGAAUUUGAAGAAUAUAAUAAACACUAUAAUUUCAACAGGCUCUUCAAAAAUCCAACUACAAACAUCUGACAUCUUGUAGACACUAGUGAUAUUGUUGAAGUUUCAUGAAAUAAGCACUAUGGUAUCAGAAUUGUGGGAAGCUGGAAGAUUCAUGCAAUGUUAGUUAGUUUCAAAUAAAUUGAAUGAUAACAUUAAAACGGAUAGAUUAUCAGGUACCGAAGUUGAGUUUGGAGUUCAUACGUUUUAAUCAGGUAUUUUAUAUUGAAGUAGAACAUACUUAGCUCCAGCAAAAAAUUAUUCAUUAUUUUGAAAAUAAUAAAUCUAUUACUGUCACGCUCUACGUAUUAUUUUCCUUCUUCCAUUUAGAAAAUAAAAUGUUUAAUUACUGCUACCAUUAUGAAAGACAUAAAGAAGUAAUAGAAGAUAGACUUUAGAGCAUUAAAUAUCUGAUUAAAAUUUAUACGGUACAUACCUGUAUUCAUUUGUACAUGAGGUAUUAUAAUAAAAGUUCUUUUUCUUCUCCUUUUUAGAUUUCUUCAGUUGUUUCUCUCCUCACCCAUCUCUAUUUCAGAAUACCAUAAUAGGAACUUCUCUCCGAUCAAACUUCUUUCACUUUCUCCAGACAUAAAAUGUCAUUAUUCAAUUAUUGUGAGGUCAUAAUUUAGAACUGCUAAUUCCUCCUGAUAGAAAAAUAAAAAUAAGAUACAUUUCCAGGCAAGAUACAAACAUUGAAUUUUAUCGAUAACAAUAUUUUCAAGAUUUUUAUGUCUAUGAGUAGCUAAAAAAUGCAUUUCAACUCCAUUGGCGAAGAGGCUUUUCCAAACCAACAUAUUUUUGAACAGCGGAUCAACAAAAAGAAUAGCGAAAAAAUAGAAUUACUCGCCUUAAAGGCAAGAGGCAAUAAAGAAUGUAUUAAACGAUUGAAGUUUUAGCAUGCAUAAAAAUAGUAUAUAAGAAUAGUUUUGAGCCAAGUCUGUUGUUCAUUCCCAAUCAUAUUCAUAUGAUUGUAAUUAUAUCCCAAAUCGAUAAAUAAAAUUAAAAAAUAUCUCUAAUAAUCAAAAUUACUCAACUCUAUCUGUAUAUUUUACAAAAAACAAAUAAAUUCAUCAACUAGAAGAGUGAGCCGGGUAGUGUGUGUUAUGUCAUCAGGAAUGAAAGUUCCUCUCUUCAUGACACAGCACUCAAGAGACAGUGUCUAACUCCAUUUUUUUGAAUCAGUAACUACAGAAGAAAUGAGUAUAACAUUUCAUGUUCAUUGAAUAUGAAUAUAAUAGAACUUAAGAUUGAAAUAGCUGUAAUUAUUUUCUACUUGAAUGAAAAUUCAAUAAACACACAUUACAUACGUUCAAAAUUGGUGAUUUAAUUCAAACAAAUUACUGAAAUAAUUCACAUAAUUCACCUAAGUAGUUAGUGAUCCAACCAAAAUCAUGAUAAAUUAAAAUUAUAAUGUGAAAUAACAUUGUGGCAACAGCAUACCAUAAUAUCAGGGGAAUCACAGGAAACAUUACAAAUCUCAACGCAUCUUAAAUUAAUUUAAAAUCAGAUAGUUCAAAGAUUGGUAGCUUCAAUUGGAUAAAUCAUCUGCUAUCAACAUAUUAAUAUCUCAAGGAAGUUGUACAAUAUGCCCAAUUUCGAUAAAAUAGUGAAACAUACAUUAUAUUAUGUUAUUCAUGAAUCAUGUUCUUAUUAGUCUACAUAAUAUCAUAUUUAAUUUUUCCAAGAAUACAGUUGAACAAAAUUUAAAAGCAAUGCAUACAAGUGAUAUUUUCAAAGAGAGAAGAACAAUAAAAAUUGGAGAGUGACUUAGCUUUAAUUAUGAAUAAAAAAGGAAAAUAUUUUAACAAUGAUGAGUACACUCUAUUUGAUUGAGAUCAUUAUGGUACCUUGUGAAGUAUAGGGCUAUAGACAAUCCAUAAUAGACUCAAAUAAUAAUCGAGCGUACGAAUAAAAAACAGAGGAAUGUUAAAUUGAAAUAAAAUAGUUAUUUAGGCACAUUCGGGCUCAUGUAACAUCUAUUCGUUGGUUUAAAAUAUGAAGUUGGACGCAAUAAAUAAAUUUGACCAUACCUCGAUAAAUACACAAUCAUAAAUUUCUUAAAACUAUUGAUAAUUUACGCAACAAGAAACAAUAUUACGAUCACAAAACAAUUUUACUAAAAGCUAGUAUUUCAACUAUUCACAAAAAUAUCUCAAUCGAUUGAAUCAACAAUCAAUACAUAGAAGUAAAUUUAGUAUUGCGUUCUACCCAUCAAUAAUUCCAUUAUAACAUUACAUGUCGCAAAUAGAUAAAAAAUAAGUACAUAGAAAAA